CUUUGGACGAAAUGGAACGUUUUCAGUUCGUCACAAGCAGAGCUGACUACUUUUAGACUUUUCAAAAGACCUGUAUUUUAGACUUCCUUACUUUUUAAAUAUACCUAAAGAAAAAAUGGCUAACGUACAAAGCGGCACCCGUAUGAUGGUAAACCGGUACAUAGAGCUCCUCCGAGCCCGACUUCAGUGUGCUCCAACGCGACACAUCGCAAAUCGGCAUCAACGUUUGUCUUCCACGCGCUGUCAGCACCUUGAGCAAUCGCUCAAGGAUCGAGAGAAGGCUGAUGCCUACAACAAGAACAAGCGGCUGUCCAUGUGGGAGCAGAACGGAGGACGAUUCUCGGAUGCAGAUGAUCAUAAGCGUAUGGAUACCAAUCAGUACCGUCCCAAAGAUCUGGACCAACGAAGGUACAACUGCACCUGGACAGAUUUCCCAGAGAGUGCGGUGGUAAAUGAAAACAACUCAUACACACUGCCGACCGUAGAGGAGGCGCCGAAACGUCGAAGAUCUUCGGAAGAUCGGCCGAACACUGCCAUGCCAUACGACGAUGAGGCAAUCUCCUUCCUCAGCCAGUGGGACAGUAACAGUGCCAUGAUAAAUCGGAAUAAGUAUGUGCUACCAACCGACUCCUGCCCACCACCAGUGGUGAAUAAUGAUCUUGACUAUGCACUGGUCGAUCGAAAGCGCAAGUUUCACUUCUAGGCCGGCUCCUUUUGACCAGGCUUAAGUGUGGUUCGAUGCACAACUUUUUCGUUCCCAAGUCUUGGAACUUAAAAAGUUUCAAAAUUAUAGAAGUGUAUCUGUAAUCCCAGAAUAUUAAAUCUACGAUGAAAUUGUUUAAUAAAUUGAAUAAUACAUAAUA